AUGUCUCCUAAAUUCUCUGUCGCCUCUGCUAUGACUAUCAUGGCCGUUACCGCCCUUGGAGUCAACGCAUAUACCUACGUCGGAUGCGUUGAUACUGCUCCUCGUGGAUCUAAUACUAUCGCCUCGAUUGCCCAAGGUAAUGCAGGGAAAUGUAACGACUAUUGCACUAGUCAAGCUCAAGCUUCGCCUUUUUUCUAUUAUUUGAGUGCCGAGGAACAGUGCUUCUGUUCAACUGUCUCACCCGAGGCCAACUCUUUCAUGACUGGAGCAUCCAAUGAUGGAGGAUGUGCGUCGGCCUCUAACUAUGAAGCGUACGAUACAGCAACAACCUUCGUAUUCCAGGGUUGCUACAAUAAUAUGAGAACAGAUGCUGCGCCAUCAAAUGUGGACGAUCUCGAGGACUGUUUCGCCGCAUGCGCAUCAGAAGGUUCAGUAAUGUACAACCCUUUCUCCGAAGACGAUAUCUUUGGUUGUAGAUGUAACGACGCACAAACAAUCAUUAUCGAUGAAGGUAGCAAUGCCGUUACAUGUGAUACCUAUACCUGGUUCACAUUCACACACUCUCAAGAGGCCACAGCAAGUGGAUUGGCUAGGAGGAGGCUAAGAGAGAGAUUAAUGGAACUCAAAAGAGAAAGUCAAACCCUCUGUCCUAACGGUGCUAGACCUUGUUCUGUCCCUGAUUCCAAUACUUACGAGUGUAUUGACACUCGAUCAGAGCUUGAGUCUUGUGGUGGAUGCAUCUCGGGUGACUUCCAAGCCGUAGGCAAUUCGACCGUGGGACAAGACUGUUCAUCCUUACCCGGUGUCGCUCGGGGCGCCGUGACAUGUUUCAAUUCCGCAUGCGAGGCCUUUGCCUGCAAGCCAAAAUACGAAUUGAUAUCAGGACAGUGUGUUCCCAUUUAA